AUGGGAAGGAAAUGGCAUCGCGGACAGCAGUGGGACCGCGACACCGACUAUGUGUCCACCGACUAUGGAGGAUCCUACCACUUGUGGGGUGGGGCGUACUCGGCAUCGCCGAAGGCUGCCCCGAAGGCCAAGUCUCGGUUGCGCUACGAUCAGACCGUUGUGCCGGACCGUCCUGCGAAACCAGCCCUGCCUUCGGAGGAGGACUCUCUGGCGAUUGUGGCUGGUGGCAAUGGGCCCCUGUCACAAGCGAUCCAGAAGGCACUCACCAUGGCCAAGAAGUCAGAUGGCCGUGUCCGCAAGCUUCGCAAGGACAUUGCUACCCGAAGGGCUCAGUUCGACCAGUUCGGUCGCGAGCUGAAGGCAUCCUACGCGGCCGAGCAACGACGCUUCGAUGCCGAUGUGCAGCGUUUGGAGGAAGAGGUGCAAGCGGCUGCACAGUCUGGCCAGCAGGCAGCUCGGGCCGUGCAACAUCUUGUUCUGCAUGGUGUCCAGGAGCAGAAGGACGAGGACGAGGAAGCAGCAGCGGAUGCGGCCUGGAAUCAGCUCAUGGCGGCCCCGGCCCCCGAGGAAGAGCCGCCUUCCCAGUUCUUGGCGGAUGCCAUGGCAGCUGUACGCUCUGUACAUGUGCUGGACACUCCCCAGCCGCGACGUGUGCCAGCAAAACAGGAGUCCAGGGAUGGAGGGGAUGGCCUCAGUCGGCCACCUCCUGGCCUGACUGCGCCAGCAUCUGCGCCCUCCGCCAAUCCGCGACAGGAGAUCCCGGGCACGGGCUCAGGACUCAUUGCUACAGGGGCUGUGGAUGCCCACAGUGCCCCCAACUAUGCGACCGAGCCAGUGGGUGCGCCGUUCGCUCACUCACCUGGCUGCCCCGCGGGACCGGCAGUGGCGCCUGUGGCAGUCACUCCGGAAGGACGUCGACCUGCUGGAAAGCCUCGGACACCGAUCAAGGCCCACACCAAGCCUACACAUCCACCGUCGGGCGGCCGCAGCUUGGGGCAGACCAUGCAGCGCUGCCUCGCCCGGCUCUUCGCCGUGCACUUCGAUUUCUUACUCUGGGUGCUUCCGGCCCUGCCUCCGGUGUUUCGUGGUGGCCCACUCAGUUUUGGCUUGCUGCAGCGGUGUUGCAAGCUCGACCAGGAGCCGCCUUCACACACACCACAGCAGCGCGCUGAUCUCGAAAGGCUCCGUGCAGUUGAGCUACAUGAUUUACGACCAUGGCCACGCCUUCCUGCGAGCGAUGGCCCUGCCCCGCCCACCACAGACCCAGUGACAGCCAUGCUAGCUGGAGUAGAGCCUUCCGUGCCCUUCACCUUUGGCAUUUUGAUCCCUGGGUACGCCACCGAAACUGUCCAGCUCAGCCUCUUCCCUCCUGUUGAGGUCCAUGAUGCCUUGGAGCUUCUGCAGCAAGAGCGGGAUCAGGUCCAGGCCAGGCUUUUUCCGGUGCUUUUGCCUGUUCGGCCCAUGCCAUCACCGAAUUACGGCAUCGUUGCGGCCCUACCCUCUUGGACCACCUCCGAUGUGUGCUUGUGCCUGGACCUGCAAGAGGUCGACGGGCGGCUCUACACCGAUCUUGGUCCGACGGCUGCAUCGCAUGAGGUCUUGCUUCGGCUAGUUGGGCUACCCGAGAAUGCCCCCGUUGACGUGUACCUUGGCGCAAGUGCAGUGCCAAUCCAAGCAACGGAAACAGUCGAGCUCGACAAUGGGUGCACUCUCUUCUUCACUCCUCAAUUUGCUCUUCCAGGCGCAUAUUUUUUCCUUGAGGACAUUUUAUUGUCGUCACACGGCUGGCACGAGGAUGCAUUCAUUCCCCAGGGUCCCGACGACCCGGUUCUGUGUGUCGUGACUGACCGCGGCCCACAGCUGGUGUCGUUCCCGGACGAGGCCUCAUUUGGAGAAGCCGGCACCAUUGCGCGGAUGCUUGAGCUGCCUGAGGAACAGUUGGUUCUCCAGCCUGCAGUCCCUCCCGUACGAGACGCUGCCAUGAAGGGGCGGCGAUGCCGGGGCGUGUUUGGAGCUUCUGGGUGGGUUCCUCGGGAUGAGGCCCGAUCUGCCUUGGAGCUCGUGCCUCCGGUUCUUGGUCUUGUAGAUUGCAGAGCGCUUCUUCAAGGAUGGGACCUAAUUUCGUCACCACAGGGACGUUUCCCAUUUGCUGACUUCUACGAUGUCCUGGCGACCUUUACCCCACCGCACUGGGAGCUGUAUUUGGAAAGAGCAAUCCAACAGGAGCAUAUGCUACAGUACUUCCCUGGUGCUGUUAUCUAUGCCUCCUACAUGCCCUUGCGCACAGUCGACCCUGCGACUUCAUCCGGUGAGGACGUUGCACAUGACAUGCACGUUUCUGAUCGUGAUGACAACAGUUCCGCACAUGAUGAGUCCCAGCCUGAGCCCGGGGUGACGGCAAGAGCUAGGUCUGAGUCUGCAUCUGACACUGACGCGGACAUGUCUGACGCGGGGCUUGCAAGCCGCCACUCGCCUCGAGAGGAGGAGGUGAGCCCGGGUCCCUCAAGUGACUCGGAUGAUAGCCCGGGCUCGGCCGACAGCGAUUCUGCUACUUCUUCCGGCGAGACCAGUGAGUUCUCUGCGGUUUUCGUUGUCCUUACUCCAGAAUACAUCCCGGAGAUCAUCACCAUUGUUGUUCCCGGGCCCUGUUCCUGGAGGUCCGUCCAGAGGAGGGUGCAGGCCGCGCGCCCACCAUUGCGUCGAGGACGCUUCCCGGCCUUGCGCCCAGUCGAGCCCCAGCCGGUGCAAGACCAUGUGCUGCUCCUGGCGGUGCCAGCUUGGAGCGAUGGUGUCUUUGUUGCCAUCGACUGCUCGCGCGUGAAUGGCCCCAUCUCUGAUAGUGAGCGGGUCGACCUCUGCACCGGCUACUGCGUUUCCUUCCUGCCGCCUCGCAAUGCGGUCCUUGUCGUGUCUGAUGUGUGUGACCGCUUGAGGAACCCAACCGGUUGGAACCUUGACUUGCGUCUACCUGUUGCUCCUGGUUUCUGGAUUCACGUGCUGACAGACACCGGCCCCGUGCGUCUGCUUGUGCCGCGCGAACGGCGACGCUUCCUUCGACAACAUGUCGCUGAUUCCAUCCAGGUUGAUGUGGACAGGCUUUUCUUGCAGGCGGCUAGGCCUCCACUGCGCGACUCCUGUGACCAAGGCAUUCUUGCUGACAAUGUUUUUGUCGCUACCGCCAACCACACCGAUGUGCUCUCUGGCGAUCCUCCUGUUGCAUAUUUCCUUGAUGCGAGGCCAAUGCUCGCCGGCGUCACUUGGAGUUUUGCUCCUGCAGGCAUCCCUGACGAGGCUAUGAUUCUUGACUUUUGCAGCCCAUACUGUCCUCCUGGAUAUCGGGCAGUCAUCUCGGGCGGCCAAAGAGAUGCGUCUGGAGUGCUUCGCGUCGGGGCCGGAGAGGUCUUGUGUGUCGAUUGUGCACUGACACCGCAGGGGGUCGAUGAAGCACGGCCUCAUCCGGACCGGCCUUCCGACUCUUCUCCAGGCCCUGACCAACCUGAUGAUCCCGAUAGCUCCUCCAGCGACGAUGACCCCUCUCAUGGCCGCAGCGUCCGCCGUCGGACCCACAAUUUUGCACCUGCCUCUGGUUUCGAUCCUGCACCUAACGGAGGGCCAGUCGGCACAAGGAUGGAGAAGGCAUGCAAUGCCGAAGUGUUGGACCACAGCCUGCUUCGGGUUGGGUUGCAUCCGCGAGCGCAGACAAUGGCGGCAGGCCUGUUCCUACUCCGUGCCGUGCUCAUGUCCCUCACUCCGGUUUUGUCUCGGAUCUUCCCAAUCCUGAUCUUGUUGGAGAGCAUCAAUUCCUCCGGGAAGCACCUAUCGGGCCCACUCUUCUUGAAGAAGCGUGCCAGCGCUGCCAGGGAUCCGUCGGACAUCCCCUUUGGGAAGCCGCCACCCUCCUUGCGUCAUGUGUCCCUUGUCGACGAAUUGCCCGUCACUCCUCACCAACAACUUGCUUUGCAGUUGCUCGACAUCAUGCCACAGCCCGGCAAUCGUUGCACCUUGGACGACCUCUGCGAUUGGCUUGACAACGACUUACGGUCGCUGCUAAGCGAUCCCCGUGUGCCAGUUGAGAAGCGUGCCCUGUUCCAGCGCAUCCCUCUUUGGCAUCGCCGUGGAUCGUCCACUGGCCCCCCGUGCACUGGACUGCGGGUUUACACUGAUGGAUCUGCUGACUCGGGAGCCCCUGAUUGUAUUGCCCCGGGAGCUUGGGCUUUCUCCGUUUGGGUUGUCGCCGAUAGAGAGUAUCUGUUCGGGCAUGCUGCCGGCCUUGCUGCCCGUCCUGGAGAUACGGCCUUUCUUGGCGAACCUGACGACAGUGCUCUGUCGUGCGAGCAGCUCGCCAUUGCCUGGGCCCUUGUGUGGGUUAUUCAGUUUGGGGAGUCACUCGGAUUCUCCGUUGAGUUGAGGUAUGAUUGCCAGGCCGCCGGGAAGGGUGCCUUCGGCGCUUCUCUGCCCCCUAAGGUUGGAGCACAGAGAACCCCCUCCGAGUUGUCUGACUUCGUGUGCUACUUGCGUCAGACUGCCGCAAACCGGAUCGCGGUCUCACACUCCCAUGUCCCUGCGCACUCCGGACACACAGCGAAUGAGUUAUGCGACGAGCUCGCCAAACAGGCUCGACGCAACAGCGCUUCUUGCACAGGAGAUCUUCUCCCGACCUGGCCAGGGCUCCUCUUUCUGCACCCGUACAAGGCAUGGAGCUGGCUGCCUCCCAGCGGUACCAGCGAUCUCCCUACGCUAUACAGCUUUGAAGCUGAGGCGCGGCGCAUGCAAUGCCUCAACCUUGUAGGGCAGAUGAGCCCAUCUCUGGGGAGGCAAGCCUCGCCUGCUCGAACGGGUACUGUGCAGGUUAAGGCCAAGUUUGUCACCGCCAACGUCCUGACUUUACUGGACCCCCGCAGUAGGGCGCAAGCUCCUUCUGCACAGUCGCACGCCGGGAUGCGGGUUAUAGCAAAGAAGGAAGUGUUAAAGAGGCAGUUCCUCCAGGCCGGUGUCCUCCUCGCUGGACUGCAGGAGACCCGUCUGCAGCAAAGCUCGAUUAUGCCUGACGCCCAUUUCGUUAUGUUGCAUGCGGGUGCAAGUGACAACGGCCACUUCGGUGUUGCCUUGUGGGCUAAUACCACCGUCCCAUAUGCUGAGGGUAAUGGACGGUCGUGGUAUUUUCAGCGGCAGCACUUUACAGUGUCAGAAGCCACCCCCAGGCUCUUGGUGGUUCAAAUCAGCACUCCCAUUCUGCAAUGGACGGUUGUCGUUGCUCACGGUAUUUCUGACCUUACUGGUGCUUCCAGUGCUGCGGCAUCUUUCUGGACACAUUGCCUUGCUGUCCUCGAGCGACGUCCAAAGUUUUCGGACGUGAUCAUCCUGACGGACGCCAACGCUCACUUAGGGGCCACUCCUUCAGAGUCCGUUGGCGACCAUGACGGAGAGGAUGAAAACCCCGCGGGCACAGGUUUCCACGAGUUUCUCGCGAGAGCUUCAUUGUGGUUGCCUUCUACCUUCAGUGUCUGCCACACUGGCCCUAGCCACACUUGGUUGGGUCCAGGUGGCACACUCCAUAGGUUAGAUUUCGUAGGGGUUCCCCUCCACUGGCACUGUGACAGCAUGCGCACGCACGUGUGGUAUGACUUUGAGCAGCUCCAGACCAAGGACGACCACUAUCCCGUUGUUGCUGUUGCUGAGUUUGCGUGCCGACCCCGGGCGUCUGGCCCUGCUGCCUUUCAUCGCCUUGCCGUUCGGCCUCCUCUUGAUGCCGUCCCUCCUGAAAGUUAUUUCUGCAAUCUUGCUGUUGCGGCAGCCAGCCCUCAAGCCACUUGGCAGGCCCCUGUUGAUGUCCACUAUGCCCACGUUGCCCAAGCCUGGACAACUGCCGGCCGCGCACUCUGUCCACACCAAGUACGGCAACCUUGCCAGACUUAUCUUUCGGUGGAUACCUUGCAGCUUGUCACCUGGCGCAAAGCCUGGCGCAAUCAUCUUAGGACUGUGCGCCGCCAGCGCAACAACCGUCUGUUGGCUUGCGGGUUUCUCAGCUGGCGUUGCUUCUCUCGUGGCGAGCUGUACACAGAUGCCCAGGCAUGGGCUCUUCUCGCGUGGCUUCGCGGACUCGAUGUCGAUAUUGCUCAGGCCUCGCGGAUUGUCUCCGACUUGGGUUUCCGCAUCAAACAGGCCACGCGGGACGACAGGAAUCGCUACCUUGAAGGUCUUGUCCAGGCUGUGACCCUUUCUGACCUCCGUGAUCCAAAGGCCCUCUUCUCGCGCGUACGCCGCGCAUUUCCUCAGUCACGAUCGGCAAGGCGCCCCGUCUUCCAGCCGCUCCCUGCUGUGCAGAAAGCCAAUGGAGAGCUCGCCUGUAGUCUUGAUGAACGACAUGAGUGCUGGCGCUCCCAUUUUGCCGAGCAAGAAGCCGGGGAGGUCAUUCCGGAUGCCUCCUACCCUGCCGCUCUUCGAGCCCAGAAAGCGGUUGGUCACAGGUCCGACACUGUCUUCGAGCUCGCUUGCGUCCCUACUCUUGCUGGCAUUGAGCGGUCCGUGUGUGGUCUUCCGGCCGGCAAGGCCGCGGGCUUUGACGGGAUAACGGGCGAACUCAUGAGGGCUCACGCCCCGUCAUCCGCGCGCCUCCUUGUGGCGGUGUAUACAAAGUCUGCUCUUGGACUUUAUGAACCCAUUGAAUUUCGAGGGGGAGCUCUGCUUCCAUUGGCGAAGCGUGCUGCUUCAUCACUGACGUGCGAUAAAUUCAGGAGUAUCCUUGUGUCAAGCCUACCCGGGAAGGUCCUGCACCAACAGCUCCGACGCCAGUUGUUGCACCCUCUUGAGCGGGCCAAGACCGAGCUUCAGGCCGGGGCCAUGCCCGGCGUGUCGACUGAGGCAAUUGCCAUGACCGCCCGAGUGUUCAGAGACAUUGUCAAGAGACGGGGUCUGCCGCAUGCCCUGACGUUUUUCGACAUCAAGGCCGCAUACUACCGUGUGUUGCGGCAAGUACUCACCCAGGUCGGCGACACCGAGCGUGCUCUCCGACGGCUCUUCUCAGAUUUGGGCAUUCCCUCUUCGGCUCUACAGGAGCUUGUUGACAAACUCUUGGGGGUUGGGGCACUUGGAGAUGCCGAUACCCCUGAACACCUUCAACGGAUGCUUGCUGACGCUCUUCAGGGGACCUGGUUUCGGGUCGACCAAAGUGCGGUGCUUACGCUAACGCACCGUGGAGUGCGGCCCGGCGAUUGCUUGGCUGACGUGCUGUUCGCAUUCACAUUCAGCGCAUACAUGACUGCCGCUGAACAUCGGCUCCAUUCUCUUGGUCUCUCCACUGCGACUCCACAGGCCUCUGGCACGGCUUUGGAGUGCUUCCCUGAUCCGCCCAGUGUUUUGGGUUGUGCUUCUUGGGCGGACGACUUUGUGCAGAUGACUGUCGCUGAGAACCGUCCCAGCCUUGUGCCAAGAGUCAUUCGGAUUGUAGGCGUUUUCCUCGAACAGGCAGAGGUCGCAGGCAUUCAGUUGACUUUUGCUUGCGAUAAGACGGCUACCCUCCUGGAGGACUCGGGGUUCGGGGACCCGCUCGUCCAGACGGACGACGAGGGACCAUAUCUUGAGAUCCGUAGCAGUGUUACUGGCACGGUUGCACGGCUGCCUAUCGUGCCUGCAUAUCGUCAUCUUGGUGGCAUCAUCACAGCCUCGGGGACGCCGGCACCGGAGAUUAACUACAGGCAUUCGUUGGCUGCCGGUGUCAUCCGUCCUCUUCGGACACGCUUGUUUGCCUCUCCGACGAUUCCUCUCCGGACCAGGUUGCAUCUCCUGAAGUCACUUGCGAUUUCUCGGUUUGCAUUUGGCAGCGCGGCUAUUCUCAUGUGUGCCGCCCUUCAUGGCCGCCUUUGGUACAAGUACUACAUCAGCAUUUGGCGCUCCAUUUGGAAGCGGGGCAAAGGAGAGCCUACCAUGCACUCGUACGAAGUGCUUCGGCGCGCGGGGGCCCCGAGCCCUCCACUCGCUUUGGCACUUUCGCGUGCUGUUUUUAUCAGGCAACUCGUCCGUUCCGGACCCUCUACUUUGCUGCACCUGCUCCGGGUCCAGUGGUGUUGUGCUCCUGAGUCUUCUUGGUUGGGGCAGCUCGAACGUGAUGUCGAACAUGUUGCCCUCUUCCUCCCGGAACUCCGGGACCUGCUUCCCGCACGGCGGCGAUUGGAGUCGUUGCUUGAGGCCAUUACCGAUGCACCCAACUGGUGGGUAAGCAAGGUCAAACAGGCCGGUGCUGUCUUCCAGAAAGAUCUUGAGCGCUGGAGGAAGGCCAAGGAUGAUGCUGGCGAGGCCCCGUCAGUUCGCCCUUCAGCUGCACUGCUCGCGAGUUCCAGCGAGGAACCCGAGCUUUUCUCCUGCUCAUGGUGCCCUGCCAAGUUUACAUUGCGCAAACAUCUCGGGGCGCAUCUUGCGAAGUCCCACGGCAUCUUUUCCCCUGCUCGCCACCUGGCUUUUGGCACGAGCUGCAUCAGCUGCCUGAAAUGUUACCAUUCAGUUGCGCGUGUCCAGGCGCACCUGAAAAGUUCAGACCGGUGCUUGCGUCGUUCCUGCCUGUUGGCUCCGCCGCUUUCCGUUCCCGACAUCCGGAAUGUCGAGGACGAGGAGACCAAGGGUUUCGGGCCGGCCAACCUGACUGCGGACGAGAGGCUGGCAGCGUGCGGAGAAGACCUGGAAUUGUCAGUCCUCUCUCGGCUCUACCGGCCUUCGCCCACCUUCCUUGCCUGGAUUGAUGCCUUUAUCGACGGUCGUUCGCACGAGGGACACGAAUUUCGCCAUACCCCGACCAUCUCCGGUGUGGCAUCGCAGGGGCACCACUCUCAGCCCCGAUACCUCGAGGACCGUUCGACAUCCUCGGUCUCGAUGGGAAGGAAAUGGCAUCGCGGACAGCAGUGGGACCGCGACACCGACUAUGUGUCCACCGACUAUGGAGGAUCCUACCACUUGUGGGGUGGGGCGUACUCGGCAUCGCCGAAGGCUGCCCCGAAGGCCAAGUCUCGGUUGCGCUACGAUCAGACCGUUGUGCCGGACCGUCCUGCGAAACCAGCCCUGCCUUCGGAGGAGGACUCUCUGGCGAUUGUGGCUGGUGGCAAUGGGCCCCUGUCACAAGCGAUCCAGAAGGCACUCACCAUGGCCAAGAAGUCAGAUGGCCGUGUCCGCAAGCUUCGCAAGGACAUUGCUACCCGAAGGGCUCAGUUCGACCAGUUCGGUCGCGAGCUGAAGGCAUCCUACGCGGCCGAGCAACGACGCUUCGAUGCCGAUGUGCAGCGUUUGGAGGAAGAGGUGCAAGCGGCUGCACAGUCUGGCCAGCAGGCAGCUCGGGCCGUGCAACAUCUUGUUCUGCAUGGUGUCCAGGAGCAGAAGGACGAGGACGAGGAAGCAGCAGCGGAUGCGGCCUGGAAUCAGCUCAUGGCGGCCCCGGCCCCCGAGGAAGAGCCGCCUUCCCAGUUCUUGGCGGAUGCCAUGGAGAUCCCGGGCACGGGCUCAGGACUCAUUGCUACAGGGGCUGUGGAUGCCCACAGUGCCCCCAACUAUGCGACCGAGCCAGUGGGUGCGCCGUUCGCUCACUCACUGGCUGCCCCGCGGGACCGGCAGUGGCGCCUGUGGCAGUCACUCCGGAAGGACGUCGACCUGCUGGAAAGCCUCGGACACCGAUCAAGGCCCACACCAAGCCUACACAUCCACCGUCGGGCGGCCCGCAGCUUGGGGCAGAAACUGGAAGAGAAGCGCGAGGCAGCGCUGCAUGGUCAGUCUGCUACGCCCGGUGCCACGGAAGCCGACGUUUCCAGCCAUGGUCCCCAGGGUGCGACAGGCCUGCCAGCACAGGUAAUCAACGACGACGACGAGGUCCCGCGCUCGCUCAGGCUACUGUGGUUCGUAGCUUGGCGAAUGCUGACGACCCUCGGGCAAGUCCCUUCCAGAGCUGCCGCUUCGGAUGGAUGCGGGAGUGAUGUUCUGUUUGGCCGGCCUUGGAAGCCUCCCGAUCCUUCGACCCCAGAGAGUGAUUGUGCCGACAGCUGUCCUGAUCUGGUCCUUGCACUUUGGGUCCUGGUUGCCUUGCCUGAUUCCUCGAUUCCUGUCGCUUGGAUUUGGUCAUCCUCGGCACUGUUCUGGGCCAAUUGGAUUUCCGGUCUCAGAACUCUGUGCCCUCGCCUCGCCCAGCCGUCCGGCUGUGGCUUCGAUGCACAGGUGCCAAACAGUCGGAUCGGUGGCUCUGGGCCGUCGACCUCGUACCAUGGUGAAAGAAGCUCUGGUCUAAACGACGGCCGGCCUCAGAUUGCGCAGCUCCAUGGACUCCUCCUUUCUGCGUUGAGUUCUUCCCUUCAUUCCCUCGCCAGCCACAUACUGCCAAUCUGCCACAGCAUCUGUGCAAUCUUGCAACUGGGUUUGCUGAAGCUCUUGGGACGUGCCUUGCCACGACGAUUCCAGGCUCUUCGCCGUGCACUUCGAUUUCUUACUCUGGGUGUGCCUGGCUCUGUAGUCCUGCCCUUGGGCUACAUCGGUGUCGGUGGAUUCCGGAAAACCCAAGGUCCCAGCCGCUCGGCACGCGUCGGCAGUGUGGUCCCUAUCCCACCCGUGCCUUGCCAGCACAGUGGACAGGCUUCCGGCCCUGCCUCCGGUGUUUCGUGGUGGCCCACUCAGUUUUGGCUUGCUGCAGCGGUGGCGUCUAGCAACGACCGUGUUCCAGACCCACUGCUUGCCACGGCUCCUGCUGCUCUGUGCAUCGAGACAGUUGCAUUGGGGCAACAACGCCACAGCCCUAGGUGUUGCAAGCUCGACCAGGAGCCGCCUUCACACACACCACAGCAGCGCGCUGAUCUCGAAAGGCUCCGUGCAGUUGAGCUACAUGAUUUACGACCAUGGCCACGCCUUCCUGCGAGCGAUGGCCCUGCCCCGCCCACCACAGACCCAGUGACAGCCAUGCUAGCUGGAGUAGAGCCUUCCGUGCCCUUCACCUUUGGCAUUUUGAUCCCUGGGUACGCCACCGAAACUGUCCAGCUCAGCCUCUUCCCUCCUGUUGAGGUCCAUGAUGCUUUGGAGCUUCUGCAGCAAGAGCGGGAUCAGGUCCAGGCCAGGCUUUUUCCGGUGCUUUUGCCUGUUCGGCCCAUGCCAUCACCGAAUUACGGCAUCGUUGCGGCCCUACCCUCUUGGACCACCUCCGAUGUGUGCUUGUGCCUGGACCUGCAAGAGGUCGACGGGCGGCUCUACACCGAUCUUGGUCCGACGGCUGCAUCGCGUGAGGUCUUGCUUCGGCUAGUUGGGCUACCCGAGAAUGCCCCCGUUGACGUGUACCUUGGCGCAAGUGCAGUGCCAAUCCAAGCAACGGAAACAGUCGAGCUCGACAAUGGGUGCACUCUCUUCUUCACUCCUCAAUUUGCUCUUCCAGGCGCAUAUUUUUUCCUUGAGGACAUUUUAUUGUCGUCACACGGCUGGCACGAGGAUGCAUUCAUUCCCCAGGGUCCCGACGACCCGGUUCUGUGUGUCGUGACUGACCGCGGCCCACAGCUGGUGUCGUUCCCGGACGAGGCCUCAUUUGGAGAAGCCGGCACCAUUGAGCGGAUGCUUGAGCUGCCUGAGGAACAGUUGGUUCUCCAGCCUGCAGUCCCUCCCGUACGAGACGCUGCCAUGAAGGGGCGGCGAUGCCGGGGCGUGUUUGGAGCUUCUGGGUGGGUUCCUCGGGAUGAGGCCCGAUCUGCCUUGGAGCUCGUGCCUCCGGUUCUUGGUCUUGUAGAUUGCAGAGCGCUUCUUCAAGGAUGGGACCUAAUUUCGUCACCACAGGGACGUUUCCCAUUUGCUGACUUCUACGAUGUCCUGGCGACCUUUACCCCACCGCACUGGGAGCUGUAUUUGGAAAGAGCAAUCCAACAGGAGCAUAUGCUACAGUACUUCCCUGGUGCUGUUAUCUAUGCCUCCUACAUGCCCUUGCGCACAGUCGACCCUGCGACUUCAUCCGGUGAGGACGUUGCACAUGACAUGCACGUUUCUGAUCGUGAUGACAACAGUUCCGCACAUGAUGAGUCCCAGCCUGAGCCCGGGGUGACGGCAAGAGCUAGGUCUGAGUCUGCAUCUGACACUGACGCGGACAUGUCUGACGCGGGGCUUGCAAGCCGCCACUCGCCUCGAGAGGAGGAGGUGAGCCCGGGUCCCUCAAGUGACUCGGAUGAUAGCCCGGGCUCGGCCGACAGCGAUUCUGCUACUUCUUCCGGCGAGACCAGUGAGUUCUCUGCGGUUUUCGUUGUCCUUACUCCAGAAUACAUCCCGGAGAUCAUCACCAUUGUUGUUCCCGGGCCCUGUUCCUGGAGGUCCGUCCAGAGGAGGGUGCAGGCCGCGCGCCCACCAUUGCGUCGAGGACGCUUCCCGGCCUUGCGCCCAGUCGAGCCCCAGCCGGUGCAAGACCAUGUGCUGCUCCUGGCGGUGCCAGCUUGGAGCGAUGGUGUCUUUGUUGCCAUCGACUGCUCGCGCGUGAAUGGUACCUUCUUCUCAGUUGCGGCGCGCGCACAAGUCGAUCGUGCAUACCUACUGGCUGCCGCCGGGUUUCCUCCCAGCUCCGAUCUUGAGGUUUAUGUGCACAAUCUCCUAGGCCCCAUCUCUGAUAGUGAGCGGGUCGACCUCUGCACCGGCUACUGCGUUUCCUUCCUGCCGCCUCGCAAUGCGGUCCUUGUCGUGUCUGAUGUGUGUGACCGCUUGAGGAACCCAACCGGUUGGAACCUUGACUUGCGUCUACCUGUUGCUCCUGGUUUCUGGAUUCACGUGCUGACAGACACCGGCCCCGUGCGUCUGCUUGUGCCGCGCGAACGGCGACGCUUCCUUCGACAACAUGUCGCUGAUUCCAUCCAGGUUGAUGUGGACAGGCUUUUCUUGCAGGCGGCUAGGCCUCCACUGCGCGACUCCUGUGACCAAGGCAUUCUUGCUGACAAUGUUUUUGUCGCUACCGCCAACCACACCGAUGUGCUCUCUGGCGAUCCUCCUGUUGCAUAUUUCCUUGAUGCGAGGCCAAUGCUCGCCGGCGUCACUUGGAGUUUUGCUCCUGCAGGCAUCCCUGACGAGGCUAUGAUUCUUGACUUUUGCAGCCCAUACUGUCCUCCUGGAUAUCGGGCAGUCAUCUCGGGCGGCCAAAGAGAUGCGUCUGGAGUGCUUCGCGUCGGGGCCGGAGAGGUCUUGUGUGUCGAUUGUGCACUGACACCGCAGGGGGUCGAUGAAGCACGGCCUCAUCCGGACCGGCCUUCCGACUCUUCUCCAGGCCCUGACCAACCUGAUGAUCCCGAUAGCUCCUCCAGCGACGAUGACCCCUCUCAUGGCCGCAGCGUCCGCCGUCGGACCCACAAUUUUGCACCUGCCUCUGGUUUCGAUCCUGCACCUAACGGAGGGCCAGUCGGCACAAGGAUGGAGAAGGCAUGCAAUGCCGAAGUGUUGGACCACAGCCUGCUUCGGGUUGGGUUGCAUCCGCGAGCGCAGACAAUGGCGGCAGGCCUGUUCCUACUCCGUGCCGUGCUCAUGUCCCUCACUCCGGUUUUGUCUCGGAUCUUCCCAAUCCUGAUCUUGUUGGAGAGCAUCAAUUCCUCCGGGAAGCACCUAUCGGGCCCACUCUUCUUGAAGAAGCGUGCCAGCGCUGCCAGGGAUCCGUCGGACAUCCCCUUUGGGAAGCCGCCACCCUCCUUGCGUCAUGUGUCCCUUGUCGACGAAUUGCCCGUCACUCCUCACCAACAACUUGCUUUGCAGUUGCUCGACAUCAUGCCACAGCCCGGCAAUCGUUGCACCUUGGACGACCUCUGCGAUUGGCUUGACAACGACUUACGGUCGCUGCUAAGCGAUCCCCGUGUGCCAGUUGAGAAGCGUGCCCUGUUCCAGCGCAUCCCUCUUUGGCAUCGCCGUGGAUCGUCCACUGGCCCCCCGUGCACUGGACUGCGGGUUUACACUGAUGGAUCUGCUGACUCGGGAGCCCCUGAUUGUAUUGCCCCGGGAGCUUGGGCUUUCUCCGUUUGGGUUGUCGCCGAUAGAGAGUAUCUGUUCGGGCAUGCUGCCGGCCUUGCUGCCCGUCCUGGAGAUACGGCCUUUCUUGGAGAACCUGACGACAGUGCUCUGUCGUGCGAGCAGCUCGCCAUUGCCUGGGCCCUUGUGUGGGUUAUUCAGUUUGGGGAGUCACUCGGAUUCUCCGUUGAGUUGAGGUAUGAUUGCCAGGCCGCCGGGCAUGGAGCUGGCUGCCUCCCAGCGGUACCAGCGAUCUCCCUACGCUAUACAGCUUUGAAGCUGAGGCAAGCCUCGCCUGCUCGAACGGGUACUGUGCAGGUUAAGGCCAAGUUUGUCACCGCCAACGUCCUGACUUUACUGGACCCCCGCAGUAGGGCGCAAGCUCCUUCUGCACAGUCGCACGCCGGGAUGCGGGUUAUAGCAAAGAAGGAAGUGUUAAAGAGGCAGUUCCUCCAGGCCGGUGUCCUCCUCGCUGGACUGCAGGAGACCCGUCUGCAGCAAAGCUCGAUUAUGCCUGACGCCCAUUUCGUUAUGUUGCAUGCGGGUGCAAGUGACAACGGCCACUUCGGUGUUGCCUUGUGGGCUAAUACCACCGUCCCAUAUGCUGAGGGUAAUGGACGGUCGUGGUAUUUUCAGCGGCAGCACUUUACAGUGUCAGAAGCCACCCCCAGGCUCUUGGUGGUUCAAAUCAGCACUCCCAUUCUGCAAUGGACGGUUGUCGUUGCUCACGGUAUUUCUGACCUUACUGGUGCUUCCAGUGCUGCGGCAUCUUUCUGGACACAUUGCCUUGCUGUCCUCGAGCGACGUCCAAAGUUUUCGGACGUGAUCAUCCUGACGGACGCCAACGCUCACUUAGGGGCCACUCCUUCAGAGUCCGUUGGCGACCAUGACGGAGAGGAUGAAAACCCCGCGGGCACAGGUUUCCACGAGUUUCUCGCGAGAGCUUCAUUGUGGUUGCCUUCUACCUUCAGUGUCUGCCACACUGGCCCUAGCCACACUUGGUUGGGUCCAGGUGGCACACUCCAUAGGUUAGAUUUCGUAGGGGUUCCCCUCCACUGGCACUGUGACAGCAUGCGCACGCACGUGUGGUAUGACUUUGAGCAGCUCCAGACCAAGGACGACCACUAUCCCGUUGUUGCUGUUGCUGAGUUUGCGUGCCGACCCCGGGCGUCUGGCCCUGCUGCCUUUCAUCGCCUUGCCGUUCGGCCUCCUCUUGAUGCCGUCCCUCCUGAAAGUUAUUUCUGCAAUCUUGCUGUUGCGGCAGCCAGCCCUCAAGCCACUUGGCAGGCCCCUGUUGAUGUCCACUAUGCCCACGUUGCCCAAGCCUGGACAACUGCCGGCCGCGCACUCUGUCCACACCAAGUACGGCAACCUUGCCAGACUUAUCUUUCGGUGGAUACCUUGCAGCUUGUCACCUGGCGCAAAGCCUGGCGCAAUCAUCUUAGGACUGUGCGCCGCCAGCGCAACAACCGUCUGUUGGCUUGCGGGUUUCUCAGCUGGCGUUGCUUCUCUCGUGGCGAGCUGUACACAGAUGCCCAGGCAUGGGCUCUUCUCGCGUGGCUUCGCGGACUCGAUGUCGAUAUUGCUCAGGCCUCGCGGAUUGUCUCCGACUUGGGUUUCCGCAUCAAACAGGCCACGCGGGACGACAGGAAUCGCUGCCUUGAAGGUCUUGUCCAGGCUGUGACCCUUUCUGACCUCCGUGAUCCAAAGGCCCUCUUCUCGCGCGUACGCCGCGCAUUUCCUCAGUCACGAUCGGCAAGGCGCCCCGUCUUCCAGCCGCUCCCUGCUGUGCAGAAAGCCAAUGGAGAGCUCGCCUGUAGUCUUGAUGAACGACAUGAGUGCUGGCGCUCCCAUUUUGCCGAGCAAGAAGCCGGGGAGGUCAUUCCGGAUGCCUCCUACCCUGCCGCUCUUCGAGCCCAGAAAGCGGUUGGUCACAGGUCCGACACUGUCUUCGAGCUCGCUUGCGUCCCUACUCUUGCUGGCAUUGAGCGGUCCGUGUGUGGUCUUCCGGCCGGCAAGGCCGCGGGCUUUGACGGGAUAACGGGCGAACUCAUGAGGGCUCACGCCCCGUCAUCCGCGCGCCUCCUUGUGGCGGUGUAUACAAAGUCUGCUCUUGGACUUUAUGAACCCAUUGAAUUUCGAGGGGGAGCUCUGCUUCCAUUGGCGAAGCGUGCUGCUUCAUCACUGACGUGCGAUAAAUUCAGGAGUAUCCUUGUGUCAAGCCUACCCGGGAAGGUCCUGCACCAACAGCUCCGACGCCAGUUGUUGCACCCUCUUGAGCGGGCCAAGACCGAGCUUCAGGCCGGGGCCAUGCCCGGCGUGUCGACUGAGGCAAUUGCCAUGACCGCCCGAGUGUUCAGAGACAUUGUCAAGAGACGGGGUCUGCCGCAUGCCCUGACGUUUUUCGACAUCAAGGCCGCAUACUACCGUGUGUUGCGGCAAGUACUCACCCAGGUCGGCGACACCGAGCGUGCUCUCCGACGGCUCUUCUCAGAUUUGGGCAUUCCCUCUUCGGCUCUACAGGAGCUUGUUGACAAACUCUUGGGGGUUGGGGCACUUGGAGAUGCCGAUACCCCUGAACACCUUCAACGGAUGCUUGCUGACGCUCUUCAGGGGACCUGGUUUCGGGUCGACCAAAGUGCGGUGCUUACGCUAACGCACCGUGGAGUGCGGCCCGGCGAUUGCUUGGCUGACGUGCUGUUCGCAUUCACAUUCAGCGCAUACAUGACUGCCGCUGAACAUCGGCUCCAUUCUCUUGGUCUCUCCACUGCGACUCCACAGGCCUCUGGCACGGCUUUGGAGUGCUUCCCUGAUCCGCCCAGUGUUUUGGGUUGUGCUUCUUGGGCGGACGACUUUGUGCAGAUGACUGUCGCUGAGAACCGUCCCAGCCUUGUGCCAAGAGUCAUUCGGAUUGUAGGCGUUUUCCUCGAACAGGCAGAGGUCGCAGGCAUUCAGUUGACUUUUGCUUGCGAUAAGACGGCUACCCUCCUGGAGGACUCGGGGUUCGGGGACCCGCUCGUCCAGACGGACGACGAGGGACCAUAUCUUGAGAUCCGUAGCAGUGUUACUGGCACGGUUGCACGGCUGCCUAUCGUGCCUGCAUAUCGUCAUCUUGGUGGCAUCAUCACAGCCUCGGGGACGCCGGCACCGGAGAUUAACUACAGGCAUUCGUUGGCUGCCGGUGUCAUCCGUCCUCUUCGGACACGCUUGUUUGCCUCUCCGACGAUUCCUCUCCGGACCAGGUUGCAUCUCCUGAAGUCACUUGCGAUUUCUCGGUUUGCAUUUGGCAGCGCGGCUAUUCUCAUGUGUGCCGCCCUUCAUGGCCGCCUUUGGUACAAGUACUACAUCAGCAUUUGGCGCUCCAUUUGGAAGCGGGGCAAAGGAGAGCCUACCAUGCACUCGUACGAAGUGCUUCGGCGCGCGGGGGCCCCGAGCCCUCCACUCGCUUUGGCACUUUCGCGUGCUGUUUUUAUCAGGCAACUCGUCCGUUCCGGACCCUCUACUUUGCUGCACCUGCUCCGGGUCCAGUGGUGUUGUGCUCCUGAGUCUUCUUGGUUGGGGCAGCUCGAACGUGAUGUCGAACAUGUUGCCCUCUUCCUCCCGGAACUCCGGGACCUGCUUCCCGCACGGCGGCGAUUGGAGUCGUUGCUUGAGGCCAUUACCGAUGCACCCAACUGGUGGGUAAGCAAGGUCAAACAGGCCGGUGCUGUCUUCCAGAAAGAUCUUGAGCGCUGGAGGAAGGCCAAGGAUGAUGCUGGCGAGGCCCCGUCAGUUCGCCCUUCAGCUGCACUGCUCGCGAGUUCCAGCGAGGAACCCGAGCUUUUCUCCUGCUCAUGGUGCCCUGCCAAGUUUACAUUGCGCAAACAUCUCGGGGCGCAUCUUGCGAAGUCCCACGGCAUCUUUUCCCCUGCUCGCCACCUGGCUUUUGGCACGAGCUGCAUCAGCUGCCUGAAAUGUUACCAUUCAGUUGCGCGUGUCCAGGCGCACCUGAAAAGUUCAGACCGGUGCUUGCGUCGUUCCUGCCUGUUGGCUCCGCCGCUUUCCGUUCCCGACAUCCGGAAUGUCGAGGACGAGGAGACCAAGGGUUUCGGGCCGGCCAACCUGACUGCGGACGAGAGGCUGGCAGCGUGCGGAGAAGACCUGGAAUUGUCAGUCCUCUCUCGGCUCUACCGGCCUUCGCCCACCUUCCUUGCCUGGAUUGAUGCCUUUAUCGACGGUCGUUCGCACGAGGGUCCGAGGUGCGGGGCGGCUUCCUUCUGGCACUCCAGGCCGACGUUUCACCCGAAUUCGACUUGCUAG